AUGUCUUAUCAAUACCCUCCUCCGAACCAGCCGCCCUACGGUGGAUACGGCCAUCCCCAGGCCCCGCCGCAAGGAUACCACCAACCCUACCCUCAACAACCCUACGGCGCUCCUCCUGGCGCUCCUCCCGGCGCUCCUGCCGGCGCUCCUCCUCCUCACGCUCCUCCCCAGGGGCACUACCCGCCGCAACAGGGCUAUGGCCAGCCUCCUCCUCCGCAAGGCGGAUACUACGGCGCUCCUUCCCCGCAACCGCCAGCAGGCUACCACACCUCCUCUCCGCAGCCUCCGGCCGGCUAUCACGCGCCGUCAUCACAGCCGCCAUACGGCCAAGCUCCUCCGCAUGGCCAACCACCCUACGGCCAGCCGCCACAGGGCCAUGCGCCUCCCCCAGGCGGUCCCGGAUAUGGCGCGCCUCCACCCGGCGCGUACGGCGCACAUGGCGCACCGCCGCACGGCGCUCCCGCGAUGAUGGGACCCCCGGCCAUGCCCUCGCUGGGCUAUGUCCCAGGCCAAAAAGCACCAGGUGACUUCCGUCAACAAGCGGAUAUGCUGCGCAAGGCGAUGAAGGGCUUCGGCACUGACGAGAAGACCCUCAUCGCGGUCCUUGCGACUCUGGACCCGCUCCAGAUGGCCGCCGUGCGCGCCACCUACACACAGCAUAUCGGUCGCGACCUGUACAAGGACGUCAAGUCCGAGACGGGCGGAUAUCUGGAACAAGGUCUGCUCGCCGUGAUCGAGGGCCCAUUGAACCACGACGUCAUCUGCGUCCACGAGGCCAUCGACGGAGUCGGCACGAAAGAAUGGAUGCUGAACGAAAUCCUCCUCGGCCGCUCCAACGCCGACCUUAACGCCAUCAAAUCCGCCUACGAGCACAAAUACCGCCGCAACCUCACCCGCGAAGUCGAGGGCGACCUCUCCUUCAAAACAGCCGAUCUCUUCAAGACCGUCCUCCGAGCCGACCGUCGCGAGGAAUCCGUCCCUAUCAACCCGCAGUCCGUCGAAGACGAAGUCCGCACCAUCCACGGCUCCACCGCCGGCCGCAUGGUCAACAACGUCGCCGAGGUCUCGGGUAUUCUGGCGCGCUCGUCGGAUGCAGAACUCCGCGCCAUCGACCAGGGAUUCCACCGUCGCUAUAACGUCUCGCUAGAGAAGCAUCUUGAGAAGGAGUUCUCCGGCCACAUGGAGGAUGCUUUCUUGCAUAUGCUCCGGACAGCGACGGAUCCCGCUAUGCGUGAUGCUAUCUUGCUUGAGGAGUGUAUGGCGGGUAUGGGGACGAAGGAUGAGCAGCUUGUUGUGAGGGUUGUUCGUGUUCACUGGAAUAGAGAUCACAAGGAGCGCGUUAAGGCUGCGUAUCGCCAUCGGUAUGGUAAGAAUUUGAUUGAUCGCGUGCGUGAGGAGACUUCGGGUGAUUAUCAGCGUUUGAUGGUUGCUCUUUUGGAGUGA